UCCGGUCCACAUGUUUCGUUUUUUAUCUCUGUAAACUUCGUUUUUGUUGUUCAUUCGCUGAUUAUUUUUCAAUUUUACAAUGGAAGAACAGUGUAGAAGGAUCGAUAGUCAAGAUAUAGAUGCCAGUAUUGACCUAGUUGGGCUAAAUAACUUGAUUGUCAAAAUGAGAAGCUCUGUUAAGAAGGCCAAGGUCCAAGUUAUCCACAAAUUAUGUCGAACAAUGAAACAAUUGAAAAAUAAGAAAGGAACAGAUGAUCAAGUGACAAAAAAUAAGAAUAAGGCUGAUCGUCUUUACGAGGAAGUUACCAUUAUAAAGGACUUACCAGUAGACAAGGUUUCUAAGUUUUCCCUUGCCAACACUGCAACCUUUGAUGAGGUAUGCAAAAAUCCUAAAGUCUCCACUGAAACCAGAGCCAUGACCCGGCUGGCUUGUUGCCAGGCAAUGCAGAAAGACGUGGCGACAUUCCGCAAGGGUCACGAGGACUGGGAAUCGCUGGCAAAGUUUCUUAUCUACAAACAGACAGGGAGGCGGUAUAAGAAGACGAGGACGAAGGGUGCGGGUAGUCAAGCAAUGAAGGAGAUGGUGGCCAAACAGCAUGGUGGGAGCAUGUGUUUGGAGGACACAGUAGUACCAAAGGUUGACGUUGAUGUUGAUAAGACUGGUACGGCUGAAGAGAGUGAUGAAGACAGUUCAGAUGAGGAGGGGAGUUCAAAUGAAAAAUCGGAUGAAGAAAGUAAUUCUGGUGUUGAUAUGGGCAGUAGGGUUAAAAUCAUUGAAAGAAAAGAAGGUGCUGAAAAUGUAUCUGAAUCUGAAGGUAGCAAGUCUGAAGGUGAGGACUUGUCUGAAAACGAGGAUUUGUCUGAAAAUGUGGACUUGGACACUGGUGAAAUUACUGGUAUUUGCAAAGAACCGAGUAAACUUGUUGAUGAGCGAUCCAAGGUGAAUGCUGCAAAUAGAACUGGUGAAAAAUCUGACGAUCCGCAGACGACUGUUGCCGAGAAGCAGACGAUAAAUGUAUACAAUCAAAGGUUGAAACAUUUGAACAUUUUCACAGUAAAGGAAGAUGGAGAAGUAUCGUCUGAUGAGGAUGACUCUAGUUCUGAAAAUGUUGCAAAGGAUAGAGAGUCGAGUCCUGAAAAUGUUGACAGUGGAGGUUCUGAUUCAGAAUCUGGAGAAGAUUCAGAACCAGAAGCUGAAGAUAUUGAGGUACGGACUUCAGAUACUGAUGAUUCAUCUUCAGAUGCUGAGAAGGAAUCCGAUAGCAGUGCAUCCGCUGGUAGUACAGGAGAUACAAAUCUUGUCCCUGAUGCUUCAAAAGCAGAAAGUGUGGCCAAGGUUGUAAAAAAGACAAAACUCAUCGGUGCUCAUAGUGUGAAACCUGGGGUCGACUCUAAACGUCCUUCCAAGUCUCCUUUAGUUGAAAUACAGGAGUCUAAAACUGAAAUGAAAAAGAGUAAGGUGAAGAAGACUGUUUCUCCUAGAAAGAUGGGGCUUGUUACGUCGGCUGCUAUAGAGAAAGGUCAAGUGCAGCAAGAUGUAAUCAAACCAAAAAAAGAACCAGUGAAUGUUAAAAAGGGUACCAUGGUUAUUCAGAAAUUGAACUUAGAUGUUGAUGAUGCAGAUGAUAUUGCUGUGUCCGCCGGGGAUGAUGACUCUGGGGAGGAGGAUGUGCCAGACUUUUUGUUGGGGUCUAGUGAGGAAAGGAGAGAAAAGCGAGAGGCAAGGGAUAUGUUUUUUAUGACAGAAGAUGGGGAGGAAGAUGAGAGGGAUAUGUUGGAUGAUGAUGAGGGGAAUGGGGACAGUAGCGGUGUGGAGGAGGAAGAUGCUGAAAUGACUCAUCAUAGGGGUAGGCAAAUGAUCGAAUCUGUUUUCGUUGGUGCGUUAUCCAAACCUGAAACCGAUAGAAGUGAUAGGAAUGAAGGGUUUAGGAAUUUUCGAGGAGGACGGGGUCGUGGCAGCAGGGAUUCAUAUGAUCGAAAUGAAGGACAGCGGGGAUUUCAUGGGGAUUCAUAUCGAGGUCGGAGAGGAUCAUUUCAGGAUAGAGGCAGAAGGGGUUCUUAUCAUGAUCGUGAUGGCCACAGGGGGUCAUUUCAAGGUCGAGGCGGUAAUCGGGGGUCGUUCCAAGGGCGUGAUGGGGGACAAGGAGGAUUCCGAGGGCAUCGUGGUGGUGAUAGAGGAUCAUCCAUGGGACGUGGAGGUGGGCGUUUUCAACAAACAGGGAGAGGAGGAGACCGAUACAGUAAACCUUAUGAAAAUAAGGCCUAUGAACACUCAAGUAAGAAACCUGAUGACAAAAGUAGUAAAGCUGCCGAGAAAGUCCAUCCAUCUUGGGAAGCAAGUCGUAAGCGGAAAGAGCAGGCAGCAUCAAUAAAGUCCUUUCAGGGAAAGAAAAUCAAGUUUGACGAUAGUGACUGAAAAAUCCAUUCGAUAAAUAAUAUUCUUCUGGUGGCAACUCAUUACUCUUCUACUAUGUUAUUCAACUGUGAAAGACAAUUUCUAUUCGGACGUUCACUUUGUGAGUGCUUUGCAAAGGGUUUAAUCAGUUCAGACAGCAGACACAACCUGUAGAAUCGGCAACAACCUUCUCCGAGGCUCUCACACCUCUCCGAGUCAUUGAUUUGAAUGCUUGAACUUGGGUAUGAAUACGAGCCUUGUUUGGAAGUGGCCUUUAGACUGGUGCUGGAAUUGACUGAUUGUGACUCGGACAGUUGGUUGUUACUGAUUCUAUGGGACAUGACAAAUUGACAGAACAGCUGUGAUGAUUAGUGUCUGGGUAAAUGCUUGAAAUGUGCUGUCGAUUCGGAAGAACUGUGCUCAUCUCUUUGGGUCAUCAUGGACAAAAUCCUGAAUACUCUUGUCUUAUUGUUGUAUUUCUUGAUAGUCCCUAAAACGGAGGAUUGUAACCGAAUUAUGUAAAACUGUCUCAUUAAAAAAGAUA